AUGGACGAUCCUCUGCAGCCGGUCGACGAUCCCCGUCUGCGGAAUCCGGCAGUCAUGACGACCCAGAUCGUUAUCGCUGGAUCCCUAGGAUUCUCGGCCUUCAUCGCAUUCUGCAUCCUGCGUACUCAGUGGCCAGAUUUAUACGCCGCUCGCAUCUCACACCACCCAGGUCUCCCGCCGCUGCCAAAGUCGUUCUUUGGCUGGAUUCCGGUGCUGUAUAAUAUCACGGAAGAGCAGAUACUGGAGCACGCCGGUCUCGAUGCGUUUGUAUUUCUUGGGUUCUUCAGCAUGACCAUCAAGCUCCUUUCGGUUUGCACGUUCUUUGCUAUCGCCGUAAUCUCUCCCUUGCGAAUGCAUUUUACAGGGGUGUACGACGAGGACCAUAUCUCGAACGUGUUUUAUGCUCCGCAGCGAAAGAUGCUCAAGAUAAUAGACCCAAGGUCUUUGGACGCGGUCAAUGCGACCGAAGAGACAACGCCGGCUGACGACGCCUGGCCGGACGACUACGAGUCCUAUCUUUGGUUUUAUGUCAUUUUCGCCUACAUCUUCACCUUCUUGACCAGUUUCUUCCUCCUGAGACAAACCCACCACAUCGUUCGCGUUCGUCAGUCGUACCUGGGCAGUCAAAGCUCCAUCACCGAUCGCACCAUUCGACUCUCAGGCGUGCCCACCGAGCUCCGCAGCGAGGAAGCGCUGAAGGACCAUAUUGAGUCUCUUGGAAUUGGUCAGGUUCGGUCUGUCACGAUCUGUCGCCAAUGGAAGGAACUCGAUAAGCUUAUGGAUCGUCGGCGCAAGAUGCUGUGCAAGGUCGAACGCGCCUGGACAGAGUAUUUUGGCAGCGAGGGAGUCAAGCGAAGCGCGCGCUCGAUCCCGGACGUCAAUUCUCUCCCGCAGUCCCCCGCUAUUCCGCUCGGCUCGGAUGAUAACAGUCUGACUCCUUUGCUCACCAGCGGAGGCCCGUCGACCGGUGACGCGAUGCCGAAUGUGAUCAACGGCCCACCUGCAUUCGGUCGGCGCCGACCUCUUCUUCGCACUGGAUUUCUAGGCCUUUUUGGCAAGCACGUCGACAAGAUCGAUUUCUACACUGCGAAACUCGAGAAGCUGGAUCAGCAAGUCAAGAUGGCGCGUCACAAGGAGUACAAGGCGACGCCGGUCGCGUUUGUGACCAUGGACACCGUCGCGAGCGCGCAGAUGGCUGCCCAGGCGGUCUUGGACCCGAGAGCUUAUCGAUUGAUUGCCCACAACGCUCCCGCUCCGCACGAUGUUAUCUGGAGGAAUUUGUACAAGUCACGAGCCGAGCGGCUGUUCCGACAGUGGAUCAUCACUGUGAUUAUCUCGAUCUCGACCGUGGCCUUGGUGUUCCCUGUUGCGUCGUUGUCGGCCUUUUUGGAUGUCAAGUCGAUUGAAAAGUUCUGGCCCGGGUUGGCUAAUGUUUUGAAUGAGUCUCGGAUUCUGAAUGCGUUGGUUACCGGUUUCUUGCCUACCCUGUUGUUCACGUUGCUCAACGUCAUUGUUCCUUUCCUUUACAAUGGCCUCUCGAAUCUGCAGGGCUACCUCUCGCACGGCGAUGUCGAGCUCUCGGUCGUUGGCAAGAACUUCUUCUACAUCUUUGUCAACUUGUUCCUUCUUUUCACGAUCGCGGGUACGGCUAGUAUGCUGUGGUCUAUUUUGAAGGAUACCACGAAGAUUGCUUAUGUGCUCGCAAGAUCGCUGCAGAAGAUGGCGCUGUUUUAUGUGGAUUUGAUUAUUCUCCAGGGAAUCGGAAUGAUUCCGUUCCGAUUAUUGGAGUUUGGUGUCGUGUUCAAGUAUCCGUUCAUCAAGUUUUUCUCAAAGACCCCUAGAGACUUUCAUAAUCUUCACAAGCCGCCAAAUUUUAAUUAUGGGUUCUUCUUGCCGCAGCCGCUGUUCAUCUUGAUUAUAUGCCUAUCUUACAGUGCGAUGUCAACCAAGAUUCUAACCUUUGGAUUGGUUUAUUUCGUGUUUGGCUACUUUACGUUCAAGUACCAGCUUAUGUACUCUAUGACGCACCCUCAGCAUUCGACAGGAAAGUCAUGGCCCAUGAUUUUCUUCCGCGUCUGCGUCGGUCUGCUUAUCUUCCACCUGACAGUGGCCGGAACGCUCGCGCUCCAGAAAGCGUUCUAUCUCGCAGUCAUGCUGAUUCCCCUGCCGAUCGCGACGCUGAUCAUGAUGUACAACUUCUACGACCACUAUCUUCCUCUGUCGUAUUUCAUCGCCCUCCGAGCGAUCAAGUCAGGCACUACCGACGAGAGCGCAGGCCGGGCGCCUACUCGGACGCUGGACGAGGAGCGCGAGCGGGAUUCGGUGUAUAUCAACCCGAACCUCGUGAGUCCGUUGGAAGAUCCUUGGAUCGCGGACGAGUCGGGCCGGUCAAUCAACGUACACUUUGACUAG